CAGAGGUACAGGCUCAAAAAGAUGACAACAGUUCACACCAGCUAUCACAGUGACCCUGACUUCAGGCUGCACCAUAUACGGAGCUGUGCCCAACACAGAAGGAACAAGUUGGCUUCAAAUGCAACCUUUCAAAUGCAUUACAGGUUGCAGCGUGCGCUGAAAAUCAAAGCAAAAUACAAGCUCUUCAGACACCGCCAGCAGAAAGCGGCCAAGCCUGUUGUCGACCCUGUGAUGGAAACGGCGAUAUUUGCAUUCCGCCAAACCAUUCGGCAGGGACCCACACGUGUCUGCACAGUCUGCCACCGACUCCUCUUUCCCAAUCAAGUCAGGCAGUGCAACAGAUCCAAGUAUGUGAAGAACACCCAUGUUGCAUCUGCUUGCUUGACGGGUAAGUAUGUUCACGUGUGUGGUCGCGAAUGCUCAUCGCCUUGCACCGUUCCAGAGGAGAGACUGCAGGAGUGGAUCUGCCCCACUUGUGACGGACACCUCACGAGAGGACAGAUGCCAUCCAUGGCCGUAGCCAACAAGCUGGAGUUGGCACCCAUCCCCCCCGAGCUAGGUGAUCUGAAUGUGCUUGAAAGGCAGUUGAUUGCAAAAAUCCUGCCUUUUGCGAAGAUUGUUGCCUUGCCCAAAGGUCAGCAAAGAGCAGUACGCGGUGCUGUCGUGUGUGUGCCGUCAGAGGUGGAAACAACUGUCAACUGUCUCCCAAGACCCAACCCUGAAGCCCAGCUGCUGCAGGUCAAGCUGAAGAGACACAUCAAGUACAAAGGUCAUCAACACUUCUACACGGUCAACAUGAAGAGUGUGCUAGCUGGACUAGCAACACUGAAGGAGACGCACUCUGAAUAUCAUGAAAUCAAGAUCGACGAGAGUGUAACCUUUGAAAGUCUCCACGAUGACCGUGAAGAAGCGGACCAAGUACAGGUGAGUCAGUCUGAAGCUGCUGCACAGCCCCAGCAGAGCAACGCUUCAGAGGGAGAAAAGGAAGACGUUGCAUCCACUUCGGCGACAGGUGAACAGGAGCAGCUCAGACCCGGGUUGGCCCUGGACACUUGCAUGCAGCCCCCUGACAUGGCACAGGAAAUACUCUCCUACGGUAGUGGGAUAUUUAGUAUUGCCCCCGCCCAAGGCAACAAACCCGUAGGCUUUUUUACCAUUCCCAAAUUGGAAUCCAUGGCAUUUCCUGUGCAGUUCCCAACAGGACAAAACACGUUGGAUGAAAUUAGAGCCAUCAAAUUGUCACCCAGUAUUUAUUUCAACGUAAGACUGUUUUCCGCCGACUUCAGAUUCGCAGGCGACCAGUCUUACCUUUUCUUUGCCCAGUUUGUCACCGAGACUCAUUUGGCUAACAGCAGCAUGUCCAUCCAAAUGCGCAAAGGCAAGACCAAGUCAAAAGAUGGUCGCCGAAUUUCCAACCGCAUGCUGCAGGACAAAAAUGAAGUGGAAAAAUUGAUCCAAAAUCAGGACGUGACCCGCUUCAUGCAGCCCCUGAGAGGAACUCCAGCUUAUUGGAACAAAACGCUGAAGGACCUCCACGCCAUGGCCAGACAGUUGGGCAAGCCAACAUUCUUCCUUACGUUUUCAGCGGCCGAAAUGAGGUGGCCUGAAGUCAUAGAGGGUAUCAAAGCUCAACAGGGUGAAGGUGUGCAUUUUUCCGAGCUGGACUGGAACGCCAAGUGUGACAUUCUCCGGAGUAAUCCUGUCACUGUCAUGCGGAUGUUUGAGAAGAGAGUGGAUGCGCUCAUGUCGAGCCUGAUCAUGUCUCCUGCUCAACCCAUCGGUGAAGUGAAGGAUUACUUCUAUCGUGUGGAGUUUCAAGCCCGCGGAAGCCCACACAUUCACAUGCUGGUGUGGAUCAAAGACGCACCAGUGUUGGGAGAAUGCAUGGACGAGGAUGUGUACCGAUUCGUCGACCGUUACAUUUCGUGCGAGAAGCCCGACCCAGACGCGGACCCCGAGCUGCACAAAAUAGUUUCUGAGGUGCAAGUGCACAGCAGAAACCACUCCAAGUCGUGCAAGAAGGGCAAUGUGGAGUGCAGAUUCGGGUUCCCUAAAUUGCCCAUGGACAGGACAAUUCUGACGUACGACACCCCCAGCCCCGACGAAGAGGACAAAGACGACGACAAUGACGGUGGAAAGGAUGACGGUGAGGAGCAGAGCAGGCGUGGAAAGGAGGCCAAAAGUGCUGGCAAAAAGAGGGCCGCACUUGUGAAAAAACAAAGAGAGGCCCGGGACAAACUGAAGCCACUGAGGAACCUGCUGUGUGAUCCCAAUGCUUCAUUCGACACGUUGACGGAGCUGCUUGAGAAGUGCAAUCUCACUCAUCAGCAAUACUUGGAUGCUGUGUUUGAUCUGACAAUCGGAAGUGUGCUUUACAUCAAACGCCGCCCCAAUGAUUGUUGGGUCAACGCAUACAAUCCAGUGUUGCUCAGGGCAUGGAACGCCAACAUGGACAUCCAGUAUGUCAUCGACGACUACAGCUGCAUGGCAUACAUGAUGUCCUACCUGUCCAAACCUGAGCAUGAGAUGACCGAGCACCUCAAGUCAGUCGUCAGCGACGUGAAGAAGAAGAACGUCAACGAGCGCGACGAGAUGAAGCUGAUCAUGCAGGCCUACUCCAAACACCGAGAGGUCAGCGCUCAAGAGGCCGUGGCACGGACGUGCAGCUUGCCUUUGAAGAAAUGCACCCGGAGUGUUGUCUUUGUCCAGACUGAUGACAAUGGUCUUAAGAUGAGUCACCCGAUGAGCCGGUUAAAGAACAUGUCACCAGAGGCAGAGGAAGUGUGGAUGUCUGGUGUGCCAGAGAAAUACGAGGUAAGACCCGCUGCACCUGAGUUUGAAUUCAUGUGUUUGGCUGAAUUCGCCUCAGAGUACAGAAUUCUCUACGGCCGCCAGACUGAAGGCAAACGAGCACUUCCUCUCCAAAACGACAAAGGCUUCAUUCAGAAACGGACCAAAGGCAAGUGUGCAGUCAUCAGGUUCCCUCGCUUCUCGGAGAAGAAACAACCCGAGAAGCACUACCGACGCCUGCUCAAGCUAUAUUUUCCUCACCGAUCGGACAAAGACCUGACCAGCGAGACGUGCCCGACGUACGAGCACUUUUACAAAAGCGGCCGCAAGUGGGAUCUUGGAGUCAAGAGUAUCGUGGACAACAACCAGAAGCGAUACGAAGGCUAUGGCAGGCAAGUGAACAAUGCACUGGACAAGAUGCGACAGAUGGGCCCGACUCUGAACGCUUGGAACACCUUUGCGCCAGAGGUCGAAGUCGAUCGCAUGGAGUGCAUUGAGCAGCGGCAGCACAUUGAUCGCGGCGACGACGAGGACGAAGAGGACGGGGUACCUGACUACCACGUCGACCCCAAGAGCAGCGCAGGCGUCCCGGGUAUAGUUGUGCCAAAGUUAAGCCCAGACUUUGUGCGCAAAAUGUACCAAAGCCUGAACCAAACGCAAGCCUCCGUCUUCUACACUGUGCGCGAGUGGUGCCUGAAACGUGUUUGGGGUGACGACCCCGAACAGUUUUUCUACCUCGUCUCUGGCGGAGCUGGCUGUGGCAAAUCCCACCUCAUCAAGAGCAUACACCAGGAAGCCACCAAAAUCCUGUGCCAGCUGCCCAAAAUCCGCGAGCUCGCCGACAUGUCCCAGCCCACAGUGUUGCUCACAGCAUUCACUGGCACGGCGGCGUUCAACAUCUUGGGUAAAACCUUGCACUCCAUCCUGAAGCUGCCAAGGAACCUGAAGCCGCCAUACCAGGGCCUUGGGAACGCACUGGACGAGGUGAGAGCAACACUGGCGAACGCAGAGAUUCUCGUCAUCGACGAAAUCUCGAUGGUUUCGAAGGAGCUGUUUGCCUACGUCCACUGGAGACUCCAGCAGAUCAAAGGCAACAGGAAACCAUUUGGAGGGAUGUCUGUUCUUGCAGUGGGAGACUUUUACCAGUUGCCACCCCCCGGUAAAGCCAAACCACUGUGCGUGUAUGAGGAGACUGUGUUGGAUCUCUGGAAAGAUUAUUUCCAGAUGGUCAAUCUCACAGAGAUCAUGCGCCAGAAAGACGACCUCGCGUUCGCACAGCUGCUCAACAGGAUUAGGGUGAAGCCAAAGACGGAGCCACUCGCCAGUGAAGACGGAGCCUUGCUCGCCACAGUCGUCGCCAACGUCAGUGACUGUCCACCUCAAGCGCUGCACAUUUUUGCAACGAACAAAGAGGUGGACGCCCACAAUGCCGCCACAGUCGCUGCCUUUCACCGAGACAUCGUGAACAUUCCGGCAGACGACUACAAGAAAGAUCCCCGGACUGGAUGCAUGCAGGCCUAUUCGCAGCCCAUCAUGGGCGGCAAAAGAGACCUGCCUGACGUCCUGCAAGCUGCUGUGGGAGUGCGCGUCAUGGUCACUAGAAAUCUCGACGUCGAAGAUGGACUCGUCAAUGGGACGUUUGGAACCAUCGCACACAUUGUGACCAGACCCGGAUCGCACGGAAAGACGACCGUGACGCUGCUUGGACUCCAACUGGACAAUCCUUCGGCGGGUCAGAGAUUCCGGAAAAAGAUCCUGGGGCCAUCUGACAAUCUGGCCUACAUUGAGAAAUGGGAGGAGAAAAUGAGUCACAAGAGAAUGGUGCGACGACAGUUCCCGAUGAAGCUGGCCUUUGCAUGCACAGCCCACAAAGUGCAAGGCAUGACCCUACAGUCGGCGGUGGUAAGUUUGAAGCGCGUGUUUGAGCCCGGAAUGGCCUACGUGGCCCUGAGUCGGACCACGUCGCUUCAAGGACUGAACGUCACCGACUUUGAGGAGAGUAAAAUCUAUGCAGAUCCUGACAUCACGUCUGCCCUCGAGGGUAUGAGCAGAGCUUCGUUCCACGGUGUAAUGCCACUCUUGCACCGCGUCCCAUUGGCAGAGCAAACCAUCUUAACGGUCAUCCACCACAACACCGAAGGACUGACCUGUCACAUGGACGACAUCCGAGCCCAUCAUGAACUCGGGCUCGCUGAUGUUUUCUGUGUGACCGAAACGCAUUUGUCCGGAUCCGUCGUGCCCCAGACGCUACAUUUGGACGGGUACAACAUGUUCACGCGUAACAGACACACGUCGUACACACACUACACAGACAUGGCUACAAAGGAUGGAGGUGGGGUCGCAGUGUACUGUCGGAACAAUCUUCGGGCCGAGGCACGUCGAUACAUCCAAAACGUCACUGAUCUGGAAUUUGUUGUCGUCAAAGUUGAGGGACCAGUCAAAGCGUUAAUCGCGACUGUGUACAAGCCUCCAAAUUACAAUCUGGCCAAGUUCCUGCCAAAUUUGCAAAGCCUCUUGGACAGUUUGGACAUGAUGAAUCACCAGCCUGUGAUCGUUUGUGGGGACUUUAACGAGGACCUACUUUCAGGAGGCAAGAAAUCCAUCAGAGAGGUGUUUCAGUCCAGAGGCUUUACACAACUAAUAGCAACGGCAACGACGGAAAAGCAGACACUGCUCGACCACAUCUACAUCUCACAGCCACAAACAUGCCUCCAGGCUGGUGUACUGCAGACGUACUACAGUUAUCACCAGCCAGUGUACUGUGUUUUGAAUGUGUAAAGCCAGCCAAUACAUACUGCGACAUGUUUUAAUAUGAACUAUUUAUUGUGUAUGUGUAUUUAUUUAUUUAUUUAUUUAUUGUGUAUGGGUGCAAGUAGAGGCAUCUGGCAUGUCCUCCAUUGCGCACAUAUUUUUAACUAACUUAUUUGUGUUUGUGUGAUGAUUGUAAAUAUGUGAUUGACCAUGUAUUGGUAUGUAUUGGCUGGUUUUAGCGUGUGUCUGUAUAUGUUGUGUUUAAUGACAAAUUGUGUUGGCCCGAUAAUACAAUGUUUUUUGUGGGGACUGGGGGUCGGGAGGGAAUCGGCGACAAAGAAGAGACUGGCCGAAGGAGGAACCUGGACCCUCCAUGAAGAAGUCCAGGUAACACACACACACACACACACACAUUUGUUUUAACUUUUUUUUUUGGACGAAGAACAUCGAGGACCAACAACAAAAACAAAGAUAAGUAUUAUUUUCUAUUUAAAAAAAAAUCCUAAAGUUUCAUGUGUUUGACUUGAAAUUGUCUCACUGGUGUCUUUUGAUUUUGUGUGUUUUAACAGAUCCAAGGAAGACGACCUUCAAGAGGAACAACAGCAAGGAACAACUCCAAAAAAAAGAUAAGUAUUAUUUUCCAGUAAAAAACUUCACUAGAUUUUCAGUUGUGUUUGAUAAGUUGAAAUUGUCUUCACGUGUCUCACUGGUAUCUUUUGAUUUUGUGUGUUUUAACAGAUCCAAGGAAGACGACCUUCAAGAGGACCAACAUCAAGGACCAACAACAAAAAAAAGAUAAGUAUUAUUUUCUAUUUAAAAAAAAAACCUAUCUAAAGUUUCAUGUGUUUGACUUGAAAUUGUCUCACUGGUAUCUUUUGAUUUUGUGUGUAUUAACAGAUCCAAGGAAGACGACCUUCAAGAGGAACAACAGCAAGGAACAACUCCAAAAAAAAGAUAAAUCCAAGGAAGACGACCUUCAAGAGGACCAACAUCAAGGACCAACAACCAAAAAAAGAUAAGUAUUAUUUUCUAUGUAAAAAAAAACCUAACUAGAGUUUCAUUUGUGUUUGAGUUGAAAUUGUCUCACUGGUGUCUUUUGAUUUUGUGUGUUUUAACAGAUCCAAGGAAGACGACCUUCAAGAGGACCAACAUCAAGGACCAACAACAAAAACAAAGAUAAGUAUUAUUCUCUAGUAAAAAAUAAACUUAACUAGAGUUUCAUUUGUGUUUGAGUUGAAAUUGUCUUCACGUGUGUCUCACUGGUAUCUUUUGAUUUUUGUGUGUUUUAACAGAUCCAAGGAACACGACCUUCAAGAGGACCAACAUCAAGGACCAACAGCAAAAACAUAGAUAAGUAUUAUUUUUCUAGUAAAAACCUUAACUAGAGUUUCAUUUCUGUUUGAUGAGUUAUAAUUGUCUUCACAUGUGUCUCACUGGUGUCUUUUGAUUUUGUGUAUUUUCAGGAAACAACAACGAUGAUGGAACUGUCCAGGGUGUGACCCCCCCCACCUAUCACCCGAUGUCAGAUGAGAUUGGAACCUGCGGAGGAUGAAGUUUUUGAUUUUUUCCUGCUCUGCUCCUGGGCCCUUUCACCCCAACCGGUCGAGACAGACGGCCGCACAUCUUUGAGUCUGGUUGUGUCAGAGAUUUCUUCCUAAAAGAAAAGGGAGUUUUUUCUCUCCACUGAUGCCGAGUGCUUGCUCAUUGUGUGAAUUGUUGGGUUUCUCUGCUCUCCAUGAUGUUGUGUAUGUACAGAGCCUUGAGAUAACAAAUAAACAAAAAUGAAUUCAA